AUCACACUAUAAAACAAUUUUUCUUUUUCUUUUCUUUUCCUUUUUGUCAUACUUGACCUUCAAGAGGUUUUUGCCUUAUUUGGGUUGAGGCUAUAAGUCACACCCUAUCUCAUUAAUUUUCUUUUUCCUACCAUCACUACCGCUUUUCCUCUUGUAGCGGUCCUUCCAUUUUUCUCCCCUGCGUUUUUCAUCUGUCGAUUUCAUGGCUAUCACCCGUGUUGGGUCUGCUGAAGAUAUUUCUGUUAAGAAGAGAAACUCAGCUCCUUAUCCAACAACAUCUGAAAAUGAAGCUUCCUGUUUUGAUUGCAACAUUUGCCUUGACUCAGCACAUGAUCCUGUAGUCACUCUCUGCGGUCACCUCUACUGCUGGCCUUGCAUAUACAAGUGGCUCCAAGUUGAGAGCUCUGAACCUGGACCAGUAGAAGAAUCUAAAUGUCCUGUCUGUAAAGCUCACAUUUCAAACUCCUCGCUGGUGCCUCUCUAUGGUCGUGGAAUAUCAUCACUGGAGUCUGAACCCAAGAAGGCUCAGGCAGAUGUCGACAUACCUCAUAGGCCUCGAGAGAUUGGGACAAUCACACCGCGUAAUACACUCUAUCCAAUUUCUCAUGCACAUCAGCGACUACGUCAAACUUCUCUCCACCCUCCACAACCCACAUUUCAACAUCAACGGCAAUACUUCCCCCAAGCCGCCUUUGGUAGCUAUGCAACUACUAUGGCUCCAUCUAGCUCUUAUCUCAUCCGAGGACGCGGUGGUCCUAGAAUGAGGAGGGAAGAAAUGCAAGUGGACCAAGUUCUUAACAGAUUUUUCAUCUUUCUGUUCUGUUACUUCAUCCUGUGCCUACUCCUGUUUUGAAGUUCAUAUAAUGUUUAUCUUCAUCAUACAUUUGUAGAGACAUGUAGAAAAAUAUAGGCUAGUAAGAGAUUCAACAGAAAUAGCUUUGCACCAUACAAAUGUUGCUUCAUUUUCUUCUCUUUAUGCCUCUUUUGGCAAAAAAACAAUGUAGUUUCGUUAGAAAGUGGCAACACAGAUGAUACAUGUUCUAUGUCCUAGUGAAUAUUUUUUUAGCCCA